GCACGGAGCGGCGGUCCGGACAGAGGCAAAGUGGCAACCGGGAUAGUGUUGGUUGGCGAGGCAGACAUUCGCAGCGAGAGUUAGUGUUCUCUGGGUCUGUGCCGGGGGAGGACGCUCCGCUGCCGCUUCUCUCAUCUCUGUCACGAAGCAACUAAGGGCCUGGUGAUUUAUGUGGUAAGAGCGUGUAUGAAGAACUAACGCGGGCGUCCUUACAGCAAAAACCUUCGGGCAAUAUCAACUGGAUUAUGGACUUUACUGCGUGUGCUUUGUGAGCGUGUCUGGAAGCCCUGUGCUGAAAUAUACAACAGCGAGGAACGCUUUAUGACCCAGCGAAGCAGCGCUGGAAGGCUUCGCGUUGUUCCAGUCUUCCUGUGUUUCCUCUGAGGGGAGUUGGGCUGAGGUUAUCCUGGGAAUCAUAAUGCGCGCUCUUGUUCAGGCUGGUCCAGGAUAAACGAGACAAUGUGAGGAAUUAUCGCCAUUGUGUUUGUCUUAGAGUAUAGUGCGUGACGGAAGGUUUGAUAAAGACUGCGUGUGGCCAGAAGGAAAGGCCAGGUGUGUGUGGCGGUGUUGUGGUGCCAUGUGUGUGGCGGCGGUGAGUGCGCCCCUGGUGUCAUGCGGGUGGGCCAGCUGAUCGCACGAGCGCCAUGAGGAGCAUUCUACGAGCAUGGGCGUGGAUUUGGGCGGCGUGCGCCUAUUUCCACACGUUCCUCCCCUGCCACGCCCUCGCCGAACCCAAGGCUGCCGUAUUUGGAGGAGUCCCUAUCAUCGACGAGAAAGUGUGGUCGCAGCCGGGAGUGGUGGUGCCUCCACCCGACGACUCUGACAUCCAGGACUACGAUUACGACUACGAAGAAAGUGCCAACACUUCUGAUGUGAGUGGGCUGAACACCAACAACAGCAGCUUAAGGGUGACCCGUCGCCUGAACAACGUGACCAAGGACUCUGGCGACACGGUCAAGCUCAAGUGUGAGUUCACCGGAGACCCUCCUCCAACCCGCUUCAAGUGGUACAAGAACGAGGCUCCCGUCAUCGAGGAGAAGGGACGUGUUAAUGACAGGAAGUACCGGCUCAAGACUGACGGCCUGCAGGUGUACGGCACCAAACUGACCAUCAAGGACCUGGAGAUCCACGACAAGGGUUACUACAAGUGUGAGGCCACCAACGGAGAGGAGAGGGCCGAGUCUACAGGCAUCCUUAUCGUCAAACCCGGGCAAUGGCGCCGCGUGGACGAAGCGCCCGAGAGCAAAGCCAGCAUCCCCAGCAUGGAGGAUCUGGGCGUACAUUUUCCAAAUCUGCCUGCUGGCAAAUUGCCUGGUGGUGUGCCAGGAAUACCUGUGGUGGGUAAUAUUCCUAAUCUUGGAGGCUAUGUAUUUCCCCCUCCUGGCCCAGAAAAGGAUGAAGGACAGGGUUACUGUCAGGUAUACAGAGGUGCUACAUGCAGUGGCUUUAUCGGUAAUCGCUCGAUCUACAUCUACUCUCCUCAGCAUCUGGCAGAUAUGGAAAAGCGUCUUACAACAGCAAUCACAGUUAUCAGUCACUCAAAUGAUCUUUCGGCAAAGUGUGAGGACUACGCAAUUAAAUCGCUCUGCUAUGCUGCACUUCCUUUAUGUAAUGAGAAUACACCUGAGCCAGAGCCUCGGCAACUGUGUAGAGAAGAAUGUGAGAUUCUUGUAAAUGAUGUAUGCAGAAUGGAGUAUGUUAUUGCAAAGCAACAUCAGUUAAUUGGUAGGAAGCUUCCAAUACCUGAAUGUGAAGAUCUUGCUCCAAUCACGUCCCCAGACCAUCUUACAUGCAUCCGCUUGGGAGUACAGAGUGAACCACUUGUUGAGGAUGAGAAAUGCUACAUGAGAAAUGGAGAGACAUACCGUGGAAUGGAGAGUCAUACAGAAUCUGGACGAAUUUGUGAGCCUUGGAGUCAGAAUCAACUUUACAUGCGAACAGCUGAAUAUCCAGAGCUUAUUGGUGGCCAUAACUACUGCCGUAACCCAGGUGGAUCAGAGACACAACCUUGGUGCUUUGUGGCUACCGAACACUCGGUGUCAAAAGAGGAGUGUGCCGUACAAGUUUGCAGUGACAACACUUGGGUAUACAUCCUUGUUGCAGCCAUCGUGGGGGGCACUGUCUUUCUCUCGCUGAUCAUUGCCCUUUGCAUGAAACGCAAAGCCAAGUCCCCUAAGCAACCUUCACCCAAAGCCAAGACUGUGGAGCUGAAUGCUCUCCUUCCUAAGCAACAGCAGCUAAGGGCUAGAGAGUUUCCAUUGGCCAAUGUUAGGUUCAUGCAGGAGCUGGGAGAAGGAGCUUUUGGUAAAGUUUAUAAAGGAGAACUGCAGGGAGUAAGUCCUGAUGGCAGCUCUGUGUUGGUUGCUAUUAAGACAUUAAAGGAAAAUGCUACUGCCAAGACACGCCAGGACUUUCAUAGAGAGGUUGACCUGAUGACUGACCUACGUCAUCCAAACAUUGUCUGUCUGCUGGGAGUCGUUAUGAAAGAGGAGCCAAUGUGCAUGCUGUUUGAACACAUGUCUCAGGGGGACUUGCAUGAAUUUCUGAUUGCUCAUUCACCAAGGUCAGAUGUCUCGGCUUGCAGUGAUGAUGGCAUGUCUCAAGUAGUGUUGGAACAGCCUGACAUGCUUAUCAUUGCCACCCAAAUUGCUGCCGGUAUGGAAUACCUGGCUAGUCAUCAUUAUGUUCACCGUGAUCUUGCGUCCCGUAAUUGUCUCGUGGGAGAGAACCUUACUGUCAAAAUCUCAGACUUCGGACUUUCUCGUGACAUCUAUUCCUCUGAUUAUUAUAGAGUUCAGAGUAAGAGUUUACUGCCAGUAAGAUGGAUGCCUCCAGAGUCCAUCUUGUAUGGCAAGUUUACCACGGAGUCGGAUGUUUGGAGCUUCGGUGUUGUGCUGUGGGAAAUCUUCAGCUAUGGUUUGCAGCCAUAUUAUGGUUAUAAUAACCAAGAAGUGAUAGACAUGAUCAGGUCACGCCAUCUUUUACCGUGUCCUGAGGAUUGUCCUCCACGAAUAUACGCUCUCAUGGUGGAGUGCUGGCACGAGACUCCCAAUAGAAGACCAACCUUCAGAGAGAUCCAUGGUCGCCUACGGUCGUGGCAGGGUUUAGAUAAUGGGGGGCUGGUAGGAGCUCUGAGUGGCAGUGUUUCAGGCCACUCAGGUUCUCAACAUUCUAGUACUGGCCCCUCCAACAACACCGGCUCCACCAACCUCUCUUCAAAUACUCAUCCUCCUCAUCUCCAUCGACCAUACCACCCUGGGCCCCACUACCCUCCACCUGGGCCCCCACAUUCACCGGCAUACUCUGCCCCUUAUCAACCACCUCCACCACCUGGGAUGGUUCCUGGAUUAUAUCCUCGUCUUUCUGCACCCAUGGGGCAUCCACAGCCAGUUUACUUGGCCCAACGUAGCAAUGUGAUGGGAGGCUCCCCAGUUACUAUUAGAGUAGCUCAGCCGCAGUCUCUUAAUAUGGGAACAGAAACCCAGUUGGCUAAUCUCUGAACAAACUAAGUCAGGGGUGUUUAUUUGUGAAUCUCAUAAUUCAAGUGAAACUUUUGUACUAUUGGGAGUCUUUACUGUGAGCUAGAAGCAGUGAAUGUUAAUGUGAGCAUUUGAAAGCAACAAAAACUUUUGAAUUUAAUUUCUGUGGGACUUCGAAAGAAGCUGCAAUAAUAUAUUCAAUAUCUCCUGAGUGUUACAUAGAUUAGAAACUUGAGUGUCGAGAAACUGUUGUGCUAUUGUUUAAAUACUCAUGAAUACUGAAUCUGCUUGUUUUCAAAUGUGGAGAGAAAUGACUUCAUAGUGGUCUUUAAAUUGACGUUGAAAGUAGGAAAAGAUAAAUAUUCCUAAUUUCGUGCAGCCAUGCAUAUGCGGCAUUUAAUCUCCCAUGUAGUAAGAUAUAUCAAAUAUAUAAAUUGUAUGUUGAAAGCAACAGAACAUAUUGAUUCCAUUAUUUUCUACAACCUUGUCUAAAAUGAAUAGAACUUGGAGUUUAGCAAUUCCGACAAAAAUGUAGGUUACUCUUCCUGUUGGUAUGAGUAACAGUGUUUAGGACCAGUCAGAUUUUAUUUGCUUAAACAAGAAAAUGUUGACAACAAUUUCAGCCGGUUCAUGCAUAUCCUGCAUAAUGAGAUAAAAAUGAUAGAACUACAAAUACAAAAUAUUGCUAAAGAUUGCUUGAUGACCAUGUUAAGUCAUGCACAAAUGUGAGGCGCUUUGUAAAAUGAACUAUUUUUGAUGCCCAUCCUGUUAUGCACUCUCCAUGCUUGACAAUGCUGUCAUCAAGUUACUAAGUCAAUAUAUUUGCUUAAAUGCAUUAAGCUUUAAUGUGAUAUUUUUAUCCAAUUUUUCUCAAUUUAUUUUAAAUUUGCUGACUAUACCCCUUUUAUUCAUGGUCAAAAUAAUAGCCAACAUAGAUAUAAGGAUCAUUUUAAUUUUGUCUCAAUUGUAAUACAUGUUAUCUUUUGGCAUUUAAUCUUAACAUUCAUCUCUUAGCACAAUUGCAUUCUACGUUUUGAAAGCUUUCAAAGCUGAAUAUAGUCGGUCUGAAAAAUUACUGGUCAGUUAUGUACAGCAAAUUGUGUUUGGUGUUAUUGUUGUAAGUCAAACAACGUUAAUGUGUGUCAACCUUGACGUGAAGCAAGUCACAUAAGUAAUUCAAGAAUUUGGCUACACAUCAUAACAGUAAUUCCAUGAAUAUUGGCUGUAAUCGUGGAUGAUACUAGGGAUUUUCAAAUGGCUCCAUGACUCUACAUAUACUGUACUUUUGAAAAUCCCUAAGUUGCAUAGUCAAUGGUUAUAUUUAAAGUAGAGGCUUUCUAAUGUUUAUAAUUAUUUUACAAAAAAAAUGUGCAAGUAAAAUAUAUUACAUAUAUUGAUUUUCAGAAAACAUCAGUCAUAGGUCAUCUGACUGAUCUUAAAAAAACUUUAUUAAGGUAUUAAGAAAAUGUAAAUAGGACUGUAGAUUAUGCUAUUUAUAACAAUAACAAAUCAUUUUUAAGAAUACCACAAUCAAGUCUUUUUGUACAUGCAAGCAAGUGGUAAAUAUAUAGUAAAAUUAU